UUCAGUUACAGUCUGGCAUUUCCUCUGUGCUCCGUCCCGGCAGAAACUCUCAUGUCUGAUAUUUGCUUUUUCUCUGCAGGACAGCCAAAGUUUUUCUUAACAACAAAGAACAACACGCGCUCGCAAAUAAGAGACAUAGCUAGGCUCUUCAUCCGGGAGGGGACGCCACCGUUAUCAGGCAAGACGCCGUUCAACACGAGGAACUCAUGACGGUGUACACCCUAAAUCUGAGGGUUUUCUGGCCCCUGGUCUUCUGCAUCCUCCUGGCUACACUGUGCUUCCACCAGAUUUUACACCGAGGCCACGAUUCAGGACCGGAUGGCUGUGAUACUCGGAGCCAUGCACUUCUGUCUCUGGUCAAACUGAUCUUGGCGUUUGGCUUUGGUUUUCUUCUCAUCAAGCGUUGUUCGUCGUCUCCAAGGACAGGAAGGAGGGAAGAGCGAAAGCUCCUGGAAUCCCUGGCAGGACCACCAGCUGGGCACCCAAACGCAGCAAGGAAAGAGCUGCUGGACACCUAUUAUGAAAAGCAGGUCCGCCUGUCUCCCCACGUCUUAGGACAUAGCAAGGCACAUGUGGCCAAACUGGUGAGCGAGCUGGUCCGAGCAGGCCGGGCUGACAUUCCCCCCGAAUCCUCACUCGCUUUCCGUGGAGACUACAUUCAAAUUGGCAGUGCCUACGAGGAGCACAAAGUGGGAAGCCCUGACUGCUUUGACCUUCUGGUUCCCCUGCGCCUGCCCCGUGGACUCAAGCUGGAACCUCGAUGCCACUUAACUGGAGACUGUGGUCCUGGGGGUCUAGCGGGUUGCAGUCUGGAGACUCCUCGGAAGUCUGACUGGGUACGGCAUCACCGUGCUUUUGUAGAUGGGUUCUUCGGAGAACUUGGGGGGAGCGAGUUUUACAGGCUACGCCCACCACAGGUCCUGAGAUGGUUUUACUCCAAUGUGCAGCGCUGCUUGAGUGCCAUCCGUUACCCAUUUGAGCAACGCUGCUACAUCACUCUGAGCCUAGCAGAGGAUCGCGUGCUGCUUCACCUGAACCCUCGAUCUGACUAUGUCUGUUGCCACAUCUCCAUGGGCGUCCGCCUUAUCCCUGCCUUGCACCUUGGGGAUGGUGCUUACCUCGUUGCCCAGCCCAAGUCUGGAGUGCCAGGCAGCUUGCAUGAGGUGCUGUGGAAUGUUUACUUCCCCAAACAUGAACAAAAGUUUUUGGGCUGGGUUAAGGGUCGAAUGCCUGCCAGCUCUUGCCACCUCAAAUGUCUGCAGCUCCUGAAAGCCAUGAGGGAGCUUAGUGGUCAGAUGAUGGAUGUUAAGGGUGCCACCCAGUGGAGAACUGUCCUCUCCUCUUAUGCCAUAAAGAUGGCCUGGAUGCAGCUGCUUUUGUGCACCCCGCCUGAGGCUUGGGAGGAAUGCCAUCUGGUGGAGCGAAUGGAGGACUUGCUGCGCACCCUUCGAGACGGCCUGCAUAAAAGGCAAAUCGGGCACAUUUUUAUGAGAGGGGAUGCUGGCCCGUUGCCGGAUUUCCACUGUCUUCCCAAGUUCCUCAAAGAGGUGCCCCCUACGAACCUAAUAGCAGGAUUUGACCCUGCUGACCUGGAUCUCGUCUCGGCUAGACUUGCUUACUCCUGGGUCCACCUGCACCGACUCAUCCGACUCGGUCGUCCACAGCGGGACAGUGCAGCAAGGGCAAUGAGGUGUAAACAUCUCGAUUCCACCUAGUCACUGAAAUUCUGCUGAGGAGGUUCUUUAAAAUUAGAAAGCCCCAGAUCGAGGGCACUUAGUACUUGACGGCUAUUGUGGUACGAUGCCAAGUAUUGUGUGAUGCAGCAAUCAGUGAGCAAAGUAAAAAGCAUGCUGUUUGAAUGAGGCAAGACUGCGUGUCAGUAAAAAAGAAGCUUCAAAAUGGGCCUUUGUGGUUGGAGAACAGCGGCUAGUAAGAGGAAACGAUGGACACUUUGUGAUGAGACAGUCAGGUUCUCGUUUUCGAAAGCAAUACAUGUAUGGGUGUGAAUGGAUGUUUGCGUGUCUCUGCAGAUGUAUGACCCAGCCAUGAGUGUUUUCACAUAUCCAUUUCUGAUGGUGGUUGAAGUGUGAGGAACGAACGUUCAUGAAACAUUAGUAACGUAGUGAAACCUAAGAGGAGAGAAUGCAGCUCAUUAGUUUAGUUUGGGCUUAUGUUUAGUAAUUAAAAGCCAUUUACAAACCACUGGCAAAGGACGGGACUGUGUGGUUGGGCAGCUGGGCUAGACUUACCACCAUAAGUGCAGGGGAGAGUUUAGGCCAGCGUGCCGUUGAAAGAAACAUGUCAGUUGACAAGAGUGCCAUUCAUACGUAUGUAGCACAUUGAAGAGCUGUCAUUGUGGCGUCAAGACGUGGUUACAUGAAGAAUCCUGGGAGCUAAGUGAGGACUCAGUGCACCAUUUUACCUGCUAUAUCAGGUGCUCUGUUUAACUCACUGGGCUUUAACUCAAGCUUGUUCACACGGCUCAUCUUACCUGUGGGUUAGGAGGUCUUUUCUACUUGCUGGUGCAGGGUGGUCCCUUUUUCUCAGUAGGUGACAAAGUUGGUUUUACUCACUGAGUCAGGUGCCUUCUGUUGCCCAUUGGCUUAAAUAACCUUAUAUCCACCAGCACAGGUUGUCUGUUUUACCUGCCGGGUCAUUUGGUUUGUUUAAAAGUAAGGGUCUCUUUUACCAUACCCACUGUGUCAGAUGGUCCAUUUUAGCCAGUGGGUUAGGUGGUCAGUGUUACAGACACACUUGUGGUCUGCUUUACCUAUUAGCUCAGGUGGCACAUUUUUCCCAGUUGGUCAGGUGGUUUCUUGUCCUUCCUGGGUCAAACGUUUGCUUUGGACGUGGAGUGUGAGGAACACAAUGGGUGUGCGUAGUUAGCCGCUGUCUAGUGCCUUCAUGAACUAAACAAUGUGGCCUCCACUACAGAGGCAUGCAGAGUCAGCAGUGCAGCUAGGAUUGACUUUCAGACCUCCUCUGCCAUCUUUUGCCCCUGGUUGGUUUCUUACAAUGUGAAGACUGCAAUAUGAAUGUUGAUUUUCAUAUUUUUUUGCAUAAACAUUAAGGUCACAUAUAAAGAAAAUAGAGCCUGGUAUUGAGCAGAGCUUCCCAUAUAAUUUCCUCCUACCGGUGUGAUGGAUUGUGUGGCCAGACUUAAUUGCAUGUUUCUGAUCUUUUAAGCAUGUGGCCAGAUGUGCAUCAUUUUUUCCAGGCUGGCUACACUACACAUAGUUUGCCUCUUUAGCCUUCACUAACUCUGAACAGAACAUAACACGUCAGCAUUUAUGUUUCAGUUGGCAUACACAGACUUUUUUUGUUUUAUUGUGUAUAAAUCCAGAGUACGUGUCACUGAAGUAGUUGUGAGAUUUCAGGGCCCCUGACUCUGCACUUGGAGCAUUUUUUAGUUUCAGAGCUGCUUGUCAGAAAGGCUGCCGUACAACCACGUUAAGAAUAUUCAAAUCAUCAGAGUUUCCACUUCCAGCUAAAAAUGGCCUUGGGUAAGUGAAAAUCAAAUAGGCCGCUGUUUCCUGCUGUCAGACUGGAGCAGGCAGACCUGAGGCCACAGAGAAAGUCAAAGAAGCAAUUUGUGGAGCAGCAACACGAAGACAAGCAGAUGUGAUUUCUGACUGCACAGGCCAAGCACAGGGGUCUCUAAUAGAGCAAUCAAAUAAAAAAGAGGACAGCUUGAGUCACUCCACUUGCACUUCUAGUCAAAGGAAGGAAGCAUUCAUGUGGGGCUAGUGUUUAGAAAAAUUGCUAUACAGUUUGGUGUGCCACGUAUCUGAAAGUUAACACCAUUAAACGAAACCCUGAAUCUUCCACAAUACAAAGUUCAUCCUGUUGCCUUUGCCAAAGUGAGUUGUGAAACCCCCUCAGUUUCACACACAGUGAAAAUAAUGUACCUGUGUACAUCAAUGUGUUUGUAUAAAUACAGUGCAUUCACUGUGUGAAAAUAUAUACAGAAUAUAAUGAUUCAAUUUCAA